AUGUUUGAUACAGCCAAAAAAAAAACAUAAAAGAAAAAAAAUAGAACUGAUGCUAAGUUUGAAGCUCAACUUUUUUUCACAAUUAUGGAAAAUAUUCAAUCUGCGACAACAAUUUCUUUCAUAAAUAAAAAUUUAUUUUUCAGAGAUUAUCCAAAAUCUUCUAAGGACACCACUAUGAUCUUACUUUUAAUUUAGUUUUUUCUAGAAUAUUAAUUUUUCGACUAUCACAUGUAAAAAUUAUCAAUUCUAACAGGAAUGAAUUAGGAUACAAAAGAGAAGUAAUGGAUGACAAAGAUAGAUAAGUAAAUCUGCUAGAUAUAAAUUAAAAGA